AUUCAAUUGAUAUUCGAAUUAAGAUAAAUUCCCAGUAUGCACUUGACUUUAUUAUAACAACGAGCUAGUACUAUCGUUAUUGUUGGCUUGAACGUGACAUUGGAGCGUGUGAUACGUUUUUAGUUAAAAUUUGAGGAUGUCAGAAGUGACAGCACAGGGCGAAGCGGCAUUGCUGGCGAAAGCGCGGGAAAAAUUUGUUUUGACGUUCGGUGUCAAACCGGUGGCGGCGGCCAGCGCACCGGGUCGCGUUAAUCUGAUUGGUGAACAUGUUGACUAUUGCGAAGGAUUUGUUUUACCUGUGGCAUUACCGUUCACCACGAUCGUAGUCGGUGCUUAUAACAAUCUGGAUGAGUGCCGGGUCCACUCCGUCCUGGCUAGCGGUGAGGAGCUGAAGACCAGCUUCGUGGCUACAUCAUCAGGAACCCUGGUCCCAGGGGAACCGGCCUGGGCCAAUUAUGUGAAGGGUGUGCUUGCUAAGUUUCCAGUGAAAGUUCGUGGGUUUGACGCUGUGAUUGUAUCAGACGUGCCCAUGGGUUCCGGGGUGUCCAGCAGUGCUUCCAUAGAGGUCGCUUUUUUCACAUUUCUCGAAUCUCUUACGGGAAGAAGCGUUGACCCAGUUCAAAAAGCCCAAUUGUGCCAGAAAGCAGAGCAUGACUUUCCGGGCAUGCCAUGUGGCAUUAUGGACCAAUAUAUUGUGACCCUUGGGAAGAAAAACCACGCCCUCCUCAUUGAUUGUAGGUCGUUAGAAGCGAAACAAAUACCAAUAGAAGCAGAUGACACUGUAAUACUAGUUGUGAAUUCCAACGUAAAACAUCAGCUGACCGGCAGCGAGUACCCGCUGAGACGUGCGCAGUGCCAGGAGGCCGCGAGGCUACUGAAGGUGCAAUCGUUGCGCGACGCGUGCCCUGAGGACGUCGAGGAGCUAAAAUGGCUAAAGACGGAUCCGGAUGUAGUUAAAAGAGCACAGCAUGUUAUAAAUGAAAUCGCGCGGACACAGAAGACAGCAGCUUUGCUGCCAUUAAAGGAUUUCCAAGAGAUCGGCCAACUGUUCUACGAGUCUCACGAUUCCCUCAGCAAGCUGAUGGAGGUGUCCUGUCCUGAAUUGGAUCAGCUGGUGCAUAUUGUCAAGUCCUGUGACGGGGUGUACGGAGCCAGGAUGACGGGAGGUGGUUUUGGGGGCUGUAUGAUCGCUUUGGCCCGAAAAGAAUCUGUAGAAGAAAUAAAGAAGAAAGUUCUGUCACAAUACAAGGGGAGGCCGAGUUUCUUUACUUGCAAUCCGAGUGACGGGGCGAAGAUCUUACAAGUGUAAUGUCAUGAAAUAAACUGUUUU